UAUAGAAGGUGGAGUUUCCGAAGUUGAAAUAAUUUCCCAACAAAUAGAAGAAGAGACCAGGAGCGUCGCGCCAGUACAGCUGGUUAAUUUCGCCUAUCGGGACUUACCUCUGGCAGCCCUAGAUUUGUCUGUAGCAGGUUCGCAGCUCUUGUCCAAUUUGGAUGAGGAAUACCAGCGAGAAGGUUUCAAGUGCAUCUCAGUUUGCUGGCAUCAUUCACUGGAUCAGUCUGGUUAUCCUAUCGAUCUUCUUUUCAGAGACUAUUUUGAGAAUAGUCGUACUUGGUAUAUGGGACUAUAUUGAAAACAAAAUAGAGGUGUUUGAUGGUGCUGUGAUCAUUUUAUCUUUGGCUCCCAUGGUGGCAUCGACGGUGGCUAAUGGGCCAAGCAGUCCAUGGGAUGCUAUUAGUCUCAUUAUUACUCUGAGAAUUUGGAGAGUCAAGCGAGUUAUUGAUGCCUACGUCCUACCGGUUAAAGUGGAAAUGGAGAUGGUGAUUCAGCAGUACGAAAAAGCCAAGGUUAUUCAGGACGAGCAUCUGGAAAGACUGACCCACAUCUGCCAAGAACAGGGGUUUGAAAUUCGACAACUGCGGGCACAUCUGGCCCAGCAAGACUUGGACCUGGCAGCUGAGAGGGAAGCAGCUUUGCAGGUGCCUCACAUGCUUAAGAAACAGACGGGCAAUCGAUACAAAGUGGUAGCCACUGGAGGCGAUUCCGAUGACGAAACCUCUGAGAACAUCACGGAGUUGCGUCCGGCUCGGGAGACCGUGGUGAAAGACGACAUGAACAACUACAUCAGUCAAUACUACAAUGAGCCGAGCAGUGACAGCGGUGUCCCCGAGGGGGCCUUCUGCGUCAUUACCACCGCGGCCAUCGACGUCCACCAGCCCAACGUCUCCUCCGACCUCUUCAUGCUGGAAAUGCCGAUGAAGAUGAUGGAGAGCAACGGGAUCUCCACCAGCGCCGCAUCGGGCAGCGCCUCCCGAUCCACGGACAGCUCGGUCACGCGAGCGCAGAGCGACAGCAGCCAGACCUUUGGCUCCUCCACGGACUGCAGCACAACGCGGGAGGAGUCCUCCGAUUACUGCCCCUUGAAGCAGCCCUGCCAGGCAGCCCAAGGCGCUCAGGUCAGCUCCUCCUCUCCCCACCGCAGGGUCCACAACGCCGUCGUCCAAGAACUGCUCUCCUCCUUAUCCGAAGACUCCUGCCUAACCCAAAAGGGCCUGGACCCCGUUAACCUUAAGCUGCCAAGCCCGGCGGGGUCGGCCACCGCCAGCCCCGAACUGGAGCGCCACGUCAACAUUUACAACAAAAAGAACCAAGAGAACUUUGGGGUCUUUCAGAAAAAGCCAGUCCUCCCCUUCCAGCAGAAGACGCAGGUGAUCAACAAGUACACGUCGUUGGAGUCCAAACCACCCAGGUUCCACAGCAUCCCAGAUUCCUAGUCUUGGGUUGGGGUGGCGCGGUUCAGACGGUGGUUCGCCGAGGGGUGUGGGGCACACACUUAAAAAGCUUUAAAAUGGGACCCUCGGAGAGCAUUCCGAGGUGGGUGUUUUAAUUUGGAUUUCAGAAGUGGAAAUUCGUUUUUCAAAAUGCAUGAGUUACGAGCGCCAGCACGAGAAAAAAAGAGAGAGAGAGAAAUUGACCAAUUCUGCCACCCGGAGUUCUUUGGGUCUCACCCUCGAGGGAAAGAAUUAGGGGGCAGGGGAGGUGAACGUGGUUAAAAAUGACCUCAAAAUAUGUAUAGAUUCUUACUUAAGGUGUCUGGGGGUUUUUGGGUAGCCAAGUGAACACAACAAAUCCUACCCUUUUUACUGAACUUCGGACAAUCUUCUAUAAAAACUCAUCUCCCUCCUAACGGUUUCUUACGACGUCCCCUUUGUAUGUGACGACUCAAUUAUGAAUCCCAUUUGUAUGGACAGUUAUUUUUAACCUUCCUGGGGAGGGG